AUGGUCGACGCUACCAAGGCACAGACGCUGCGGUCGCGUCGCAACGACACUGCCGCAGCCGCCGCAGCCGAGACCAACAUCAUCGCAUCACACAGAUCCGAUCACUCGGAUACAGCCGAAGCAAAGCUUCGCUCUCAGUCAAACUGGGGCAUCGUCUCCCCAGACGUCCAUUCGCACUCGGCGGAUGCCAUCAUCACGCUCGCUCUCUUCGUCCUUGCCGUCGCUCUUCGCUUCUACAGGAUCUCAUUCCCGGAUCAGGUGGUCUUCGACGAGGUUCACUUUGGCAAGUUUGCCGCCUACUAUCUCCGCCGCGAGUUCCACUUCGACGUUCACCCUCCUCUUGCAAAGCUCAUCAAUGCUUUUGCAGGCUACCUCGCCGGUUUCGAUGGCCACUUUGAAUUCGAUCAGAUCGGUGACAACUACCUCGAAAACAAUGUCCCCUAUAUCCGAAUGCGAGCCGUUCCUGCCAUCAUCGGUAGCUUGCAGGUUCCUCUCAUCUACGCCAUCAUGCGCCAAAGCGGCUAUGCUCCCGUCAUCGGUGUCUUUAGCGCCGCUCUCCUGCUUUUCGACAACGCCCACGUCGCACAGGAUCGUCUCAUCCUUCUCGACGCGUCCCUCAUCCUCUUCAUGAUGCUCAGCCUCUACUCGUACAUUCGCUUCUACAAGCUUCGAUACAACGAGUUCACCUUCCAGUGGUGGGCAUGGCUCUGCGCAACUGGCGUCAACCUCGCUUUGACCAUGAGCUGCAAGAUGGUCGGCCUCCUCACCUUUAUGACCAUCGGCACCGCCGUCGUGUGGGAUCUGUGGAAGCUGCUCGACAUUCGACGCGGUCUCGAGAUCGAGCACGUAGCUCGUCACUUUCUCGCCCGUUUCUUUGCGCUCAUCAUCCUCCCCUUUGGUGUAUACCUCUUUUGGUUCUGGGUGCACUUUGCCAUCCUCAUCAAGAGCGGUCCCGGCGACGCGUUCAUGAGCUCUCAAUUCCAACAGACGCUCACCGGCAACGAGAUGCUCAGCAACGCCCGCGACAUUCAGUACUACGACCAGCUCACGCUCAUGCACAAGAACACCAAAGUGUUGCUCCACUCCCACGUUGAACGCUACCCUUUGAAGUACGACGACGGACGCAUCUCGAGUCAAGGCCAGCAGGUCACUGGAUACCCGCACAACGACACCAACAACAUCUGGCAGAUCAUCCCCACCAAGCCUAUCCCGGACGAUGAAGCCGCAGGUCGUGUCGUGCACCACAAGGAUACCAUCCGACUGCUGCACAUCAACACCAAUUCGUUCCUGCUCACCCACGACGUCGCAUCGCCCCUGAUGGCCACCAACGAGGAGUUCACCACCGUCCCCGCCAACGACACUUCGCGCUACGACGACACGCUCUUUGAGCUUCACCUCGACGAUGCAGAUGGUCCCGACAAGGCGAUCAAGAGCAAGGCGUCCUGGUUCCGACUCGUCCACAAGAACACACGCGUCUGCAUGUGGACCCACGGCGAAGCGCUCCCCGACUGGGCCUUCAACCAGCAAGAGGUCAACGGCAACAAGAACGCCAUGGACAAGACGUGCCUGUGGUACGUCGAUGAGCUCACGCCUAGCCCCGACAGCCCGGACUACCAAGACAGACUGUUGCCUCUUCCUGCUCGCAAGGUGGUCAAGAUGAACUUUUUCAAGAAAUGGCUCGAGCUUCAGUUGCAGAUGCUGCAGCAGAACGCGGGCUUGACGCAGAGCCACCCGUACGCGAGCGGACCGAUCAACUGGCCGUUCCUGCUGCAAGGCAUCUCGUUCUGGACGCAGGACAAGGGGCAGCAUCAGAUCUACAUGGUGGGCAACCUCGUCUCGUGGUGGGGCACCAUUCUAGCGGUUUCCAUCUUUGUGGGUGUUCUGGGUGCCGAUCUGCUGGCGCGUCGUCGUGGCAUCUAUCCGAUUCCGAGCGCGGUUCGCAACAGGCUGUACAACUCGACGGGCUUCUUUGUGGUGGCGUGGGCGUGCCACUACCUGCCGUUCUUCUUGAUGUCGCGCCAGCUGUUUAUUCACCACUACCUGCCGGCGCACGUGUGUGCGUGCUUGGCGGCCGGUGGUGUGCUCAACUUUGUCACGAGCGAGACGAUCCAGUUCCCCAUCUCCAAGCCGGGACCGCUGCUGACCGCGAGGCACUACCGGCCUAGGAUGGACAACGUGGUGCCCCAGCAGGCGAGGGCGUUUAUGGGCGUGACGAUCGCGCUGCUGAUCUUGUGCUUCUGGUGGUUGAGUCCGCUGACGUACGGAACGCCGGGUCUGACGACGGAAGAGGUGCACGCCAGGAGGUUGUUGCCAUCGUGGACGCUGCAUUUUGCCAAGUAA